AUGGGGCUCUCGGCCAUCAGGAUCUCGUCUGACACAUCCGCCUUCCCCUACACGCACCGCCGCGGCCACCGCUUCGCCAUCCGCAUCUCCUGCAUCAUCUCCGAGACGUUCCGCCUCGGCCUCCCCAGCGUGCGCUGGUUCGUCAUGGGCGACGACGACACCGUCUUCUUCCCGGACAACCUCCUCACCGUGCUCAACAAGUUCGACAACCGCCAGCCCUACUACAUCGGCUCCCUCUCCGAGAGCUACCUGCAGAACAUCUACUUUUCCUACGGGAUGGCGUACGGCGGCGGCGGCUUCGCCAUCAGCCGGCCAUUGGCCGAGCACCUCACGCUCAAGUACGCAUUGUGGCUCAGCUCCAACAUUGUGCUGCAGUCUGCGUUCAAGGACCCCAGACCCCACAACGGGUCUGUGACCAUCCUUGCCCGUCCCUCUCCCACCCCGCCCAUCACCAACCGUUCUUCGACCGAAAAAGUGAUCAUCUGCUUUACCACAAUCGAGCAACGGAGGAACCCGACGCUCAGGGGACAGCCAACCGCCGUGGUGCAGUACAACGGCUGGAAAGGCGGUGGCUUGAUUGCCAUCAGCUACGAGGCUCGUGGAUUUGGUGUGAAGAGGUCCAUGCGCGGAGAUGAGGCCAAGAGGGUCUGUUCUGGUAUUAAUCUUGUUCAGGUCCCAGUGGCACGUGGCAAGGCUGACCUUAAUCUUUACAGAAGUGCUGGUGCUGAGGUUGUUGCAAUCCUUGCAAGCAAAGGGAAGUGCGAGCGGGCAUCCAUCGACGAAGUUUAUCUUGACCUUACUGAUGCAGCAAAGGAAAUGCUCUUACAAGCUCCCCCAGAUUCACCAGAGGGGAUUUUUAUGGAGGCAGCAAAGUCAAAUAUCUUGGGCCUUCCGGCUGAUGCCAGCGAGAAGGAAAAGAAUGUGAGGGCAUGGCUUUGUCAAUCAGAAGCUGAUUACCAGGACAAGUUACUGCCAUGUGGAGCUAUAAUUGUUGCACAGUUACGAGUCAGAGUUCUAGAGGAAACCCAAUUCACAUGCUCUGCUGGGAUUGCUCACAAUAAGAUGUUAGCUAAACUUGUCAGUGGAAUGCACAAGCCUGCUCAGCAAACAGUUGUCCCUUCUUCAUCAGUUCAAGACUUACUAGCAUCACUACCUGUGAAAAAGAUGAAACAACUUGGUGGUAAGCUUGGAAGUUCCUUGCAGGAUGAUCUUGGGGUUGAGACUAUUGGUGAUCUCCUAAGUUUUACAGAGGAAAAAUUACAAGAGCAGUAUGGAGUAAAUACUGGAACUUGGUUAUGGAAGACUGCCAGGGGCAUUAGCGGGGAAGAAGUUGAGGACCGUCUUCUCCCAAAGAGUCACGGGUGUGGAAAGACAUUUCCUGGCCCAAGAGCACUGAAGUACAGUGCUUCUGUAUCUUUAUUGUUCUCUUGCAGCCACGGGAUGGUGGCGGCCUUCGCGCGGGCAGCGUGGCUCAAGGAGUACCACGAGAAGGUUAGCAUGACGCUGAACAUUUUGGCCGACCUUUCACCUCUUUUCACGUGGAACACAAAACAGGUGUUUGUUUUUGUGGCAGCAGAGUGUGAGACUCCACAGGAUGCUUUUAUUCAACCUCCAACAAUUGUCCAUAAAAGCAUGAGUUUUCUGCUUGGGACUAUAGUGCAAUCUCAUGAAAUUGCCACUUGCUUGAGGGUUGUAGUAAUGAUGCCAUAUAGCUUUUCUCUUGGUCUUCAACUUACAUUGAGAGUUGUUGCAGAUGCAUAUAGUGGUUUUGGAAAGUGA